AAAACCCUGCAGCGCAGAAGCUUUAUUGUGCCUUGGAAAUUUGAAUCCAGAGAUUUGUUGUGGAAGAGGAAGAUGUCAGUGAACAUCAAAGGCGAUGGUGUUGGAGAAGACAGAAUCAGCAAAUUAAAGGAUGUUCUCCACAAAAUUCUGUCUUUCCUAAACAUAAAGUACGCUGUCCAAACCUCUGUUUUGUCCAAGAGAUGGAAGUUCCUCUGGAGAACACUUCCUUACCUUGACUACAAUAGAGAUGAUGAAAUUGUUACCGCAAUGGGUUCUUUCAGUGAUUUCAUCAGCCAAGUCCUGUUCCGGUGUCGACCCACUGACCUUGUCAAGGUUUGUGUCCAUUCUUACACGUACGAGCGGUAUGGUUUUCUUGUGAAGGGGUUGAUAUAUUAUGAUGUUGAACAAAAUCUCCAACAACUCUCCGUCCAUUCCUACUCUGAUUCCCGCCUUUUAUUACCCGGAAGAUUGUUUACUUGUCAAUCGCUGACAGCACUCGAUUUGCAAGCUCAUGAUUGGGGUGAACAUCGCAUAAAACUACCCAAAUUUCUGGCUUUGCCAGCUCUGAAGUCUUUGCAUCUUGUGGUGUGGGUUCUCCAUGAUUGGACUAGGCUUUUUUCAGGUUGAAAAAGAUUCAUUCCUCUCAGCUGCGAUUGAAUUCAUGUUUUGUUGGGCACAUCUCGUUGCUACUCUUG